GACCUACCGUCAGCUGUUCCACCCCGAGCAGCUGAUCACUGGCAAGGAGGAUGCUGCCAACAACUACGCCCGCGGACACUACACCAUCGGGAAAGAAAUCAUAGACCUGGUUCUGGACCGGAUCCGGAAACUGGCGGACCAGUGCACCGGCCUGCAGGGCUUCCUGGUGUUCCACAGCUUCGGCGGGGGCACCGGCUCUGGUUUCACCUCCCUGCUGAUGGAGCGUCUGUCCGUGGACUAUGGCAAGAAGUCCAAGCUGGAGUUCUCCAUCUACCCGGCCCCCCAGGUGUCCACGGCGGUGGUGGAGCCGUACAACUCCAUCCUGACCACCCACACCACCCUGGAGCACUCCGACUGCUCCUUCAUGGUGGACAACGAGGCCAUCUACGACAUCUGCCGCAGGAACCUGGACAUCGAGCGUCCCACCUACACCAACCUGAACCGGCUCAUCAGUCAGAUCGUGUCCUCCAUCACCGCCUCCCUCCGCUUCGCCGGCGCCCUCAACGUGGAUCUGACGGAGUUCCAGACCAACCUGGUGCCGUAUCCCCGGAUCCACUUCCCUCUGGCCACCUACGCCCCCGUCAUCUCGGCGGAGAAGGCCUACCACGAGCAGCUGACAGUAGCUGAGAUCACCAACGCCUGCUUCGAGCCGGCCAACCAGAUGGUGAAGUGCGACCCUCGCCACGGCAAGUACAUGGCCUGCUGCCUGCUGUACCGCGGAGACGUGGUGCCCAAAGACGUCAACGCCGCCAUAGCAACCAUCAAAACCAAGCGCAGCAUCCAGUUCGUGGACUGGUGCCCCACCGGCUUCAAGGUGGGCAUCAACUACCAGCCCCCCACCGUGGUUCCCGGGGGAGACCUGGCCAAGGUGCAGAGGGCUUUGUGCAUGCUGAGCAACACCACCGCCAUCGCCGAGGCCUGGGCUCGGCUCAACCACAAGUUUGACCUGAUGUACGCCAAGCGGGCCUUCGUCCACUGGUACGUGGGGGAGGGGAUGGAGGAGGGGGAGUUCUCCGAGGCCCGGGAGGACAUGGCGGCUCUGGAGAAGGAUUACGAGGAGGUGGGAGUUGACAGCGUUGAUGAUGGAGGAGAGGAAGAGGCAGGGGAAUAUUAAGACGUAAGCGGCAGCGUCGGAAAGGAGGACGAAAGAGGAGAAUUAGAUCCCUUGAACAUCCGUCAGCCAGUUCU